AUGUGCCAAUCCCCCGAUUCACGCUCUACAGAUUUCGUCUGCAGCCUCGUUUUCGUUUUGAUCACGGUUGGCUGGAUGGGGAAAUGCCCUCGUCAAAAAUACUGGUUUUGUGUACUUGUGUUGUACAUAAUAAAAGCUGUGUGGGUUUGAUGACGUAGUACACACGUUCGUCAUUAGCUUAGCGUUCAAAGUUUUCAAGAAUCAUCGUCUUCAACUGCUCAUUUCAAAUCCGAAAUUACCGAAGAUUUUUCUCAUCAAAACCAUCGACGAUUUCGUAGAAGGUGAGCCAUCAUCAUGAAGAAAAAGAAACGUUCCGCACCGCCACCAGCCAAACCUGGAGUUGCCCGCCAGCACCUGCUUGACAACUACAGUGAAAUUCCUGAAGACGGGGACCUGAAGAUUGGCCACGUGCUUUACCUCUUUCACGAAAAUGAAAAAUCGGUAGCAAAGACGAUCCGUGCAAUAUGUUCAAGUCUCCCAGUGCCAUGUGACAUUGACCCAAAUGCCAUGAAGUCAAUUGUAAAUUCGUUCGAGUCGUUUCAAAAUCUUGGACGGGAGGCUGACAAGCUAAGAUUUGUGGAACUUUGUGCUGAGCAUUUUACAUCAUUCGUAGUUCGCAUCAUCCCUACAGAGCCCAUGGAUACAAGUACUUCCAGUGACACGCCAGAUGUGAUUAUGCAGCCGCAUCAGCCAGAACCUCAGCCGAGCACUUCCGUUGAGUGUGCAACAACUGAUCCACAUCUUUCGAGUGACACCUUGCCGAGUCAUGCCGCUGUUGCAGAAUGUGACACCUUACUCACUCCUGCCAGUGUUACUCCAUCUCCAAAUCUUCGUCAUGGUUUUCUAACACCACGCAAACUAAGUUUCAAAAAGAGACUUGAUUUUCUGUCCAAUCAACGUAGUCUGCAAAAGCAGAGAUAUUUUAAAAAAGUAGCGAAACUAAAAGCUAAACUUGAUCUUGAGAGGGUAACAGAACUGAAAUACAUGAACCAGGCCCUCGCACGCCGCAAAGACUCGAUGAAAGUUAAGGAUGCAAAGAUUACACUUCUCAAAAAGCAACUGAAACAAAAUCAAGUGGGCACUGCAGAAGAACAAUUGCAAGCCUUAAAGUGCACGCAUAAACGGUUGAAGGAGUCAAAUAAAGGAAAACGAAAGAACAGAAAAGUUUGUGAAACUGUGUCAAAGGAGGAACAUAUGAAAGUAAAAAGGCAGCUCAGUGAGAAAGAGGAACUGGUUAAGGAUUAUGAAAAUGAGAUUUGUGAACUGCGUGAAAAGCUGGAGGAAGUGCAUUCUACGGAAAAAAGUGAGGAAAAACAAACAAAAAAGGAUGGUAAAACUUACGGGACAAACAUGCGUAUGAUGGUCUAUGAUUCAAUCGUGAAUCAGGUGCCAACCCAAAAUAUUCCCAAUCUCAUUCAGAAUCAUGCAAAACGAUAUGGUGAGGUAUUGACGUCAGUCCCCCAUAGGACCACGGUGGAGCAAAUGGCGCGGGAACUGGAUUGCAUUGCAGAUUUAAAAAGUGCAGAACUUGCAAUGAAGACGAAAGACCUUACCUUAGGUUUCGAUGCGACCACCCAAGAGGGGGUACACAUUAAUAGCAUCCACUUCAACACAAUAUCAGAGUGUGAUCUGGUAGCAGUAGACGAGUUGCCAGGAGGGACAGCAGAGGACUACCAUGGCCACAUUACGGCCUCCGUGGAUCACCUGGCUGAUACGCAUUCUGACUAUCACCAAGAGGAAUACCAGCAUUGCCGAUCGACAAUCAUCAGUAAUAUUUCGAACACUAUGAAUGACCGUGCUGUUGUUAAUCAGGCCACAAUCAGAAAAGUCAAUGAGUCAUGGGGAAAAACACUAAAUGAACUAAACUGCCACCUACAUCCCCUUGAUACCAUUGCUAGCAAGUGCAGGUCUACUCUCAAAUCCCUGGAAACAGAAAAUGGUAAUCUGUUUGGAAAUGACUCCAUCAUAGGGAAUCUUGUGCUGCAGAUAAACAAGUUGCGUUACAAGGAUGGGAAAGGGGAUCCUAAAGGAUUUAAAACGUUUCUUGACGACAAUAACUUACCGAGAGGUCUUCUCCCCAGAUAUCGAGGAAACCGCCUGCAUAUACUGUUCCAUAUAUGUGGAAAGUUAUUCGAACAUCAUGAACUUCUGCUAAAUUUUUUUAGCACUGGUGCUCUGUCCUGUGGUGGCCUUGUCUCUAGCUUGAAAAAAGACUUCGCAAGUAAAACAGCUCUAACCGAGAUGCAGGUUCUUGGUCUGACUGGCAAACUGUUGACAGGCCCAUGGAUGCAGACAUUUUACACAUCAGCAGAGAACAGCAUCAGUCAUAUGGAUGGCGUUGAGAUAGUGAAGAAUGUGCUCUCAAGUCUUCGGGACAUAGCUUCUGCUCCAUUGAACAUUCUCCAGCAGACAAGAGAUUUCUUUGGGGGAGAGCUUAAAGAUGAUGACUUAACAUUGAAUAAAUUGAUGAUACAGCCUCCUAAGACUGAAAUGUUCUCAGUCAUGCUUGCCGCUUGCCUGAAAUCUAUUAUUGAGGUUAUUGAGAGACAAUAUCAUCGAUACUUCGAAAUGGAUGUAACAGAACAGCUACGUGAACAGACCCAGUCAGCCAGAUGUCACAACAUCGAUUCGGAGGAAAUUAUGGGGAUGUUCAGUGCGGGAAAGGAGAGGGCAAAACAUGCGAAUCUUGACUUUCUUGUUGCACGGAUGAGGGGAAGAAAGAACAAAGUUGUUGAAUGGUUGGAUGACAUGGGCAUUGAAAAGAGGGAGAAGAUAGUGACUUGGGCAAUUGGGAGGGGACGCAAAAAGAGGGCAGUGAAUAGAAAAAAGGACAGUGAGGUUCGACAGGAAUUGUCAAGGAGGGCAGCCAACAAGAGGCAAAAAAUCACCGAGAAAGAAAGAAAAAACAUUGAAAAGAAACUCAACUGUGUUGAAGCUGGCAAUUUAAAAACUGUUUUCCCUGAAAUAGCUGAGGAUAUUCAUUCAGAUCUUGUUGGCAUUCUUCAGGGGACUGUUGUUGGUCGAAACAUCUGUCAUACUUGGUAUGAUGAGGAAACAAAUGAAAAGACGAUUUGGUCUGGAAGGAUUGAGAAACUGAAAAAGAGGAAAGGGAACAUAUAUUGUUAUAAGAUAGCAUACUGGGCUGAUGAUGGAAGUUAUGAGGAUGCAGAAGACUUCGAAAUUCUGAAACUGGCUCUUGCAGCCGACCGCAUUUGUGAAGAUUUGCUUUUCUGUUGAACUUUUGUUUAUAUUGGAUGAAACUCGAUAAUCUGUGACUUGUAAAAUAUUUUGGAUUAUGCACAUUUUUGAUGACUUUUUCAUGUUUCUAGUGGAAUCGUGCAUGAUUUAUUCUGGUUUUCCUUGUGAAUUGCUGCGCUAAAACCCAUAAAAUCUUCUGUCCCUGUUUUUUAUAACACUUAAAUAAUAAACUCAUUUAAUAGCAAUUAACCCUUUUAUUCUUAUUAUGCUUUGAAUAAGCUUUCUAAGGAUACCAAGAUCAUGAAAAUUGGUCAAGAAAUAAGGAAGUAAUAGGCUUUUGAGUGAAGUCAUGAAUCGGGUCACAAGUCAAAAUUCAUUAUCUGUUGUUUUAGCAUUACAGUUAAUGACCGAAAAACGCCGAAUUGGGGGUCAAUUAAAUUGGUAUAACUUUUUUAUUUUUUGUCACAGAGAGUUGAUCUUGGUAUCAUUGGAAAGGUAUUUCCAAGAGCUUUACAGUGAUGUCAGUUUCAUUGAAAUCCAUUAACUUUUUUUUUUGCCACAUA